AUGCAGGCACUCGACGACGUGCAGCACGAUCAGAAACAGCAGCGGGAGACGCAGCGUAAGCUGGGCCUCCCCACCAACUACCGCUUUGAGAUUGACAAGUGUAUCAAGCGCAUCAAGGAAAAAGAUGCCCGCCGCGUCGCCUUGCAGUUUCCCGAAGGACUGCUUAUGUUUGCCGUCCCCAUCGCUGACAUUCUGGAGGAGGCUACAGGGUCUGAAAUGGUCAUCCUAGGCGAUGUCACGUAUGGGGCGUGCUGUGUCGAUGAUUUCUCGGCCGCGGCCCUCGGGUGCGACUUUCUCAUCCACUACGGACACAGCUGCCUCAUCUCCAUCAAAGACUGCAUUGUAGCGAACAUGAUGUACGUGUUCGUUGAGAUCGACAUCGAUGUACAACACUUUGUUGACACCAUCAAGGCUCUCGUGCCCGCAGAUGCGCGGGUGGCGUGCAUCGGCACCGUCCAGUUUAUCUCGUCCAUGAGAGCCGGGCUGCGCGUGCUGCAAGCGGAGCACUUUAUUCACCCCGUCGUCAUCCCGCAAAACCGGCCGCUGUCAACCGGUGAGGUGCUCGGCUGCACGAGCCCCAAGGUGAACCCGGCGGAAGUGGACUUGGUGCUCUACGUGGGCGACGGACGCUUUCACGUGGAGUCCUUCCUCAUCGCGCACCCUGGCCUCAGCGCCCUCCAGUACGACCCAUACAAGAAGACGCUGUCGCGAGAAACCUACGCCACGGCCGAGAUGCGCACACUCCGCCGUGGGGCGGUUGAGAAGGCGAAGGCGGCGCAGAGCUUUGCGAUUGUAAUGGGGACGCUAGGCCGUCAGGGACACCCCCGCGUCGUUGACCGCAUCAUUGCGCUAGCGCAGCGCCAGGGAAAGCGCGUGACGCUGUUGCUCAUGUCCGAGAUCUUUCCGCAGAAGAUGGCAAUGCUCGAGGAUGUGGACUGCUACAUCCAGGUCGCGUGUCCGCGACUCUCCAUCGACUGGGGCUACGCCUUCGACCGCCCGCUGCUGUCUCCGUACGAGGCUGAGGUGGCCUUGGGCAACGCCCAGUGGGGGGAGGAGUAUCCGAUGGACCACUACUCCCGCGAAGGAGGUAACUGGGCCGUGUACACCGACAAGUCUCUGUAG